AUGGACGACCUCCAGUCAUCUGAGGAGGCUGCCUUUGUUGCUGAUGACGUCAACAACAUCAUCAAAGAAGCUGUUGAUGGGGCCCUCAUGAAUGCAGCUUACAAUCAAACAAAGAUUGGCCAGUGGACCAACAACGUUGUGGAGAGCUGCUUGAAGCGCUUGACUGCCAUGAACAAGCCUUUCAAGUACAUCGUGACUUGCAUCAUCAUGCAGAAGAACGGAGCGGGCCUGCACACUGCCAGCUCGUGCUUCUGGGACAACAGCACUGAUGGGAGCCGUACUGUGAAGUGGGAGAACAAGAGCAUGUACUGCAUAACCACGGUCAUGACGUCUCAGGGGCCUUUCUUUCUCCGAGUCUCCGCGCUACUCCUUCUCCUGACCUAUUCAGCUGCCCAGCCGACCCCAAAUCCGCCUGCUAUUUUCUUUCCCCCUUCCCCAACCCCUCCCGGUCCCGCUCCCGGCUUUACGGUCGCCUUAACCGGGUCUGCGAGCUACAUCACGGGCCAGCUGGUUAGCCUUAACGCCGCCAUUAACCCCGGUCCGGUUUCGAGGUACCAAAUCACCUGGGGAUGCCUCGUCGUAAGCAGUGCAAACAGUACCUGGGGGGACACGUGUCCGUUUUCGAACCAAGUCGCGCUCGCGAACGGGGGGACGCAGCUCCAGGUGAAACCCGACACCACGUGGGACUACGGCGAGUUUCGGUUGACGGUUAUGGUGACGGACCAACGAAACGCUGCUAGCACCGGGAGUGCGAGCGUUACGGUGACGGUGGCGAGGGUUGCCCCGUGGAACGUGGCGAUCAACGUGACGGAGGGAAGCGCCGAGAACUGCAACCCGGGACAGAGGCUGAUGCUUCAAGGCCUCUAUUCCGUCUCGUCUCUUACCACGGCGAAGGACCUCCGGUUCCGCUGGUCCCAGGCUCCGACAGAUUCCGUGCAAGUCAAUCUCAGCAGCUCCGCCGUGACGAGCACGGGCGGCAACCAGAGUUUUCUGGUCAUCAAGCCAGAUGUGCUGACGCCGGGCCAGAAGUACCUCCUCAUUUUCACUGUCACGGAUCCUGGAGGGAGCACUUCCGCGAACCUCACAGUCAGUGUGAGCCAGCCCCCCCGUCCCACAACGCUCCCUGGCCUUAGAGUCAGCCCUUCGAGCGGCACUCCCCUUUCCACAGCUUUCACGAUCAGCGCAGCAAACCAAUGGACCGAUGGCGCAGGUCCCCUCCAGUAUCAGUUCGGGUACUCACUCGCGCGCGGCACCGCGCCUGCCAUCCAGCUGACGUCAUUCCAGCCCAGCGCAACUGUCGUCAGCAUCCUCCCUUCGGGGCUGACGGCCGGGAACUACCAAGUGACGGUCCACGUGUCAGUCAUGGAUUCGCUGGGGCUCGUCGGGAGCGCCAGCUUGGCGGUGACGUCACAGUGGGCGUCCUCUGCAAACAUAAACGUCACGGCGGCGUCUAAUGACAUCCUCAGCUCCGUGGACACCGCCGUUUCCGCCGGGAAUACGUCAACGGCACUGGUCUACAUCAACGGGCUGAGCACGCUGCUGAACGGAAACUCCGGUUCCGGUUCCGGUUCCGGUUCUGGAACGGAUGCCGCCGCCUCUAGUUCCUCCCGGUUCAAGAUGCUCCAGGCGGUCAGCACGAUCAGUAGCAGUCUGAAAAGCGCUAGCAAGAGCGCUCUCGUUUCGAGCCUCGUCUCGGUGGCCGGAACGCUUUCGAGCAUCGUUGCGAUUCCGUCUCAGAUCACGACCGCGUCGCAGAGGGUCGCACUAGAUGCGCUGACGUCAUCGCUGACGGCGGUGGUCGCGGCGGGGGUGACGUUGAACUCCGCAGCGGUGCAGCCGGUCUUCGACACGCUGAGCAGUUUGAGGCAGGUCAGCGGGAGUAACGCCGCCCAGGGGCUGCAGAUAAGGGGCGUUACGUCGCAGGCCGCGGAGGCGCUGCUGGCGGGAGUGAACCCCGGGGAGGCCCCCAUCUGCGUGGCUUCCGCCGGAAUCGCGAUGUCCGUUCGCAGGUCGGACGGAACAGCGGAUUUGGAUCUUGCGGCAGGAGCUCCCGGGUCCGACUGCUCAAGCGCACUCACAAGCGCGACGUUCACCGUGCCCUCCGGAGCUCUUCCGGGCGACACGCAAGUAGAUUCGCAGGUGCUAGUGUUCGCCGGAGACCCGUACCAGACCGGGGAGACGCUGCUCAGCACUGGGGUAUCAGGGUUAGUGUUAACCAAACCCGACGGCAGCGCGGUUCAGAUCAAGGGUGUUGUAACCUUCAACAUGCCGCUCGACGUCAGCAGUGUGAGUACGAGGGGCGGUCUGGGGAGCAGCGCGCGGUGUGAAUACUUCAAUGAAACCAGUGCGAACACACCCUCGCCGAGCUACGCCAAGCAGGGGUGCGUGGCGCUGCCUAAUCCAAGCCCCCCGGGGCGGAGCUCGAGUUGGAAGAACAACGGCGUAGCGCUGAAGGGAGCUCAGAGGAUCGAAGACCUAUGGUCCAUCGACCUGACCGGCACCAACUGCCAGGAAUCCAAGUUCCUCCUCGUCGACUCCAACGGAAACGGAUUCCGCCGCUUCACCCCAGUCUCGCCGGACUUCCCGUGCACUCUCACCGAACCAACCCAGGCGUGUUUCUUCAACGAAACCACCCAAGGGUUCCAAGGCCCAGGCUGCGUAUUCGACGCGACUCUCCACUGCGCGUGCACUCAUCUCACGGACUUCGCGGGCGUAUUCACACCGCCGGACGUGUACGUGCUGAGUUUUGCGGACCUGAGCGAUCUAAAGUCGGCGUACAAGACGCCGGUCCCGCUGAUCGUGAUUGGUCUUCUCGCGGUGAUCAUGAUAGUUGGUGACGUUCUGAUGCGUCACUUUGUCCGAACGCAACGGCGGCUGGUCUUCCUCGAGCUCAUGUCGACCGAGAUCGACGGCGGCUGGAAGGGGAUCCCCCGCUACGGCUUCAAAGCGAUGCCCAACGGCGCCUUCACGUGGAGCUUCCACGAAGUGCUCAAGGGGGGAAGGUACACCGGCGCCGAGGACAUGAAUGGCGACGGCCAAGUCAACGACGCGGACGCAUUCCCCGGCCCCGCCCCCCUCCUCGCCGGCAAGCUCGGCAUCUUAUACUCCCGCUUAUGCACUGCGCUGCCCACUUAUACCUUCAUAACCCACGAGCCCAACACCCCGGCCCGCCGGUCCCCGUUCCCUUUCUCCACGUCACGAGCCCCUUCCGCCCUGGAAGAGGAACCCCCGGUUACGGUUUUGCCCUCGAGUGACCGGUUGACUCCCCCGGGAGGUAAAGCGCGCGCGCAAACCGACCGGAUGACGCCACCCAGCGGUCAAAAGCGGACGUCAGUCACACGUGUCAACGCACCGGUCACUCCGCCUGCUCAACUGGGCGGACGAGUGAGCGCCCCCGGCAGUCCGAGCGGCACGUCAACUCCCGAGAGGGAUCCCCCGGUUCCAGCGCCCGGGACCGAACCGAUGGGUAUUGAGGAACCGGCGAUAGUUGGCGAGAGCGUGGUGUCCCGGUUCGUGGGUACCGCCCUCGUGCUGGGAUACCUGGACGCGUGGGGGGUGCUGACGUCAGCGGAGUGCGCCAACUACGUCAGCCUGGCGGCGGCGUACUUCCAGCAGCAGGGGCUGCUUGUCGCUGGGGACACAAGCGAGGUACAAGCGGGGGCAGGGUCUGCUUUCAGCAUGGCCCGGCAGCACGCUCUCCUAGUUGACUUCCGCGCAUACAUGGAGAAGCUGAAGGUGAUGAUGUGGAACAACCUGAACCGGCGGGGGUGGAGACGGCGGGCACAGAUUUGGCGGCUGGUUCUGCUACAGCAGAGAGACGGCAGCUAUGACCUGCACUCGGACUUCGCGCGCGCACUGAGAGCGCCAGGAAUCGACGACCUGGAUUUCGCCGCGCAGCUCGCGCACCAGCAAAGACGCGCCGGGGGCCCCUCCCUCAAGGCGCCGGAGCGUUUACAAGACACCCCCCGGGCGGAGUCCUCCGGGAAGAAUCUUCUCGCGCAGUCCCCGAAGUCAGCGGAACCGGAACCAGCGGAACCGAAGCAGUCAAUGAUGACGGCUGCUGCCAAUGCUGUUGUGGCCGGAAUUCGUUUCCGGGAGCGGCGCGGCGAGGAAGACAUCAACAUCUUCCUGGACCGAAACCAAACCACGCCCAUCGCCACCGCGCGCAGCGCGCACGUCCAGCUUUUGCACGACAUGAAAGAUCUGUUCGACUAUCUGGCGUGGCGGGUGGAACGGUCGACCGGGAGAGUGGGCGUGCAGUUCAAUACGGUGCUGGAUCUUCCCCACCAUCAGAACCUGCUCGACAAGAAGAACCUGCUCGACAAGAAGGUCUACAAGAAGCCCGGCAGCCGGCACAUCAACGAGCAGAUCUCGCGCCUUUCGGACGUCCACAGUGGAAUGUCGCUUCUGUGCCUGUACCGCGCGAACCUCGCGCCGCGGACGUCCAUGCGACCGCGCUGGUGGCUCAAGAAGAUUACGAUGCUGGAGAACCGGCGGACUAGCGAGGCCGAGAGCCCAGAACCGGCGGAGGUCGUUGAGGAUAACUCGGGCCGCAUCAACAACGAGCUGUUCGAGAACGCCACCGUUGCGGUCGCCCAAAAAACGCCCGAGUCCCUGCGCAAUUGGGCGGAAAACCAGCCUAUUCCCCAGGGCAUUUUGGGAUUCGUGUCGGCGAAAGUGGCGCAAGCGGAGCAGUCGAUCUUCGCCGCCAAAGUCUGGGCGACGGUCUUGGGGUGCGCUUUCACCCGGCGGCAAACGGAGACGUGGCUCCGAAGUUUGGACGGCGGGGACGGCAACCCCCGGGCAGUCUUUCACUCGGCACGUGCCUGGCUGGAUGACGUGGUCAGUGACGAGUCCCUGAUUGACACGUGGCUCAGCGACGCGGACAAGGUGCUGGACCAGUGGGAGGAGCAGCUGAAGCAGGCGCUGCAGGACGUCAUGAAGUCCGUCGACGCCGCCACAGUCUUCCGGCAUCUCCGCAAGGAAGGCUCCCGCCUCUUGUGGCAGAUCCGCACGAUUACUUUGAAGGGCACGUGGAACGUUCUCGCGCGUCGGAAGCUGAUCGCGGUCUUCAUCUCCACCGAGCGAUGGCUCUCCGCGCUGAUCCAACGGCCAGGUUUCGUCGUCCGCAUCUGCUGCGUCUGGCUGGGCAGCCUGAUGAUCAACACGUGGAUGCACUACAGCCGCACGAUCAAGUGCUGCGACAACCUGAAGACGUCCCUCUGCGGCGGCGCGUUCAACGCGACCCAGACCGUCGGAUUGUGCGGCCUGGGCUGCAAAUCAACGGCUUACAUUCCGCCCUGCGUCGCCGGCCAGACGGAGCUCGGCUGUGGGCCGUUGGCCGACAUGUUGAGCGGCUACGAUGCUGCCACGUGUACGGCGUUCCCCAACGGGAGCACCGCCAGUAGUCUGUGGAUGGCGCUCAUCAGUUUUCUUCUGCUGCUCCCGGUUCAGAUCGUGAUGUUCUGGCUGUUCAAAGCCAGCAUAUCGAGCCACGUUCUUUUGGAAAGGUGGGCAUGGGAGGGCUACUUUCCGUUCAUCAAGCGAACCCUCGUUGGGCUCUUCUCUCGCACCCCCCCUCGCCCCGUGCCCCUUCCACCCCCCCAGAUGGAGCAGCACCCGAAGAGCCGGAAGGGGCGGAACGCGGUCGCGCCCGCGGAGCCCUCCUCGCCACGUGCCCUUCUCAGCAACCGCCCCGUGGCGGACGAAGGAGACGUCCUCGCUGCUGACGUGGAGAGCGCGCGCAAGAAGCACAAUCGGCUCGUGGGGAGCGCGUAUGCGAUUGCGGGGCUCUUUUUCGCGGCCUGCACGGUGGUUAUCGCAAUCUUCUCGGUCAAGCUGUAUACGAACGUGGGGAAAGGGCAUGAGAACGACGUGCUGAAAGCGUAUAUAAGCGCUGUGGUUCUUCAGCAGUGCGUAUGGACCGGUACCAGGUACUUGCUUCGACCGGCUCAGGCGUUCCUGCAAAACAGCGCGCUAUACUACCUGAUUAUAAGAUUCGCAGGGGACAUGUUUUCGUGGGAGGAGGGCCUAAGAGACUUGGGCGGCUUCGUAGCGAGCCUCAAUAUAAACCUUAGUUUGCUGACGCAAGCGGGGGGUGCUUUUGCUGUGGAAGCGGGGGCGGCCGCGAGUCAAGCGCCGGCCCCUCAGGUAGCAGGUGCGCCUCCGGAGCAAAGCUCGAGUGUGUCUCGAAGGACAGCGCUAAAUUAAGGUGGGCGCUUAGUGGUGAGGAGAUUCCACAUGCAAUUGUCAACUAAUGCAUUUGCUUUGUUAGCAAGUACCAUAGCCUAUAAGUAUCAGGACAAGGGAUUAGUAUACGAGGCCUCGAGUCGAAUAAAUCGACUCAUGCAUGGCCACUGCAACUAUUAUGACGACACCUAAUAUGGUAGAUUGUGGGGACUUCUUCAAGCCGGCCCGGGCUCAGUCAUUGAGUGAGCGCACAAACUCAGCCUGGUAUCAGAAUAUGACCGACUCACUCAGUCGAUCAAACGCCUCGCGCGCGGUUUAACUAACUCAGUGAACGAUAAGACUACAGAUCACGCGAGGUAACAUGCAGGUGCCCUUUCAAUAACUAUCUGCCGCGCGUGCGGGGCGGCCCUGA